AUGUUACGCCAUCUCGCCGCCCGAUUCGCCUUCCCGGCGCGCGCAUCGCCGCGAGCCGGAGCCGCGCCCGGCGCGCUGUCGUCGGCGCUGCGGCGCCGCUCCUCCGUCUCGGCGGAGCCGCCGGGCGGCGCGGCGGCGCCGCCGCCGCCGCCCUCGGCGCCGAGCCGGUGGCAGCGGCUCAAGCGCAAGCGGCGCGCGGAGCGCACGCCGGCGAACCGCACGGCGUACCGCUUCGACCGCGCGGCGCCCGCGCCGCUGCCGGCCGCGCUGGCGCACGUGCGCGCCGCCGCGUGGGCCGCCUUCGACGAGUCGCUCGAGCUCGUCCUCCGCCUCAACAUCGACCCGCGCAAGGCCGCCGAGAACAUCCGCGGCGCCGCCCUGCUGCCGCACGGCACCGGCCGCCCGGCCCGCGUCGCCGCCUUCGCGGAGGGCAUCGACGCAGACGCCGCGCGCGCCGCCGGCGCAGACCGCGUGGGCGCAGACGACCUCGUCGCUCAGAUCGCCGCAGACCGCGCUAAAUCGCUCAAGGGCUUCCACGCAUGCGUCGCCGUGCCGGAGCUGCUGCCCACCGUCGCCGCACGCGUCGGCAUGCUGCUCGGACCGAAGGGCCUCAUGCCCGCGAAGAAGGACGGUACCGUCGGACCGGAUGUCGCUCAGAUCGUCACCAGGCUGAAGAGUGGCCAGAUCAGGUUUCGCACCGAUCGCGCGGGUAACGUCCACUUGAUUGUGGGAAAGCUUAGCUUUGCGGAUCACUUGCUCAUCGACAAUGUUUGUGCGGCCACCGCCGCCAUUAUGGACGCCAGGCCGCACACGGUGAAGAAGAAAUACUUGGAGAAAGCGUUUCUGUGCUCGAGCAUGGGGCCGUCGGUCAAGCUUGACCUGGUUCAGCUCGCGCGCGCCGUCAACGACCACCGGGGCUGA